AUGACCUUUCUCUCACAGUUCCUCGUUGCCCUCUCGGCACUGUCUACACUGGUAGCCUAUGAGGCCCCCGAGGAUAAGGAGGACGUCUUUGCCAGCCGAGCUUGUCCUGCAUUCCUUGUCUUUGACAAUGCAGCCUACCUGUCUGACAUGACCAUUGAGUUGCCUUGCCACUGCAAGCCUGAGAAGACUCACGAUGUAGUGUGGUACUACCAGAAACAACUGGGCUCCACCGACAUCCGGGCACUGACCGAUUUUCAGGGCAUGUCUGUGGUGGACUCGUCGCGUGUGGGCCGGGGUUCUGAGCUCCGAAGCCGGUUUUCCAUCCGACUCUUCAGCCUGCUCAUCUUCCGGGCGCAGGAGUCGGACUCAGGCCACUACCUCUGCGGAACAGCUUCCGGAGACUUCUUCUACGGAUAUGACGUGGACGUCCAGGAGGUGAAGAAGGUCUCCUUUCCGUGGAGCGACAAGCACAGGGUGGCAACGGUCAAAUCUGGGGGCGCCAUACUCUUCCAGGCCUUCACCAGUUUCUGGCCGUGGUCAGUGUGCGACCGCUGUGACGUUCCAGGUGAGCAGACGCGUGUGGGCCUCUGCUACGUCCAGAGCGACUACCUGGAGCCACGCUACCGCCGUGAGACAGACAAGGUCACUUCCUGUGGGUCCUCAGCAGUGCCCCGGGCCCUGAGCCUGGACAGAGACAAAUACGCAGCUGAGCUGGGAGUGAAGAGCUGCCACGUCCCCUGCCCACCCAAACCAUCCUCCUCUCUGGAGCACCAGACCCUGCUGGAGUUCCUCGGCUACAGUGAACGAGAAUCGUCGUCGGACGCCGUUCCCAUCUACUAUCACAACCACGCAGCAGACUCCCUGCUCAUCCUGUCCUGUCCAGGGGCCAGGCCUGAGCACGCAGUGGCCUGGGACAGAGAGGCCACACCGCUCUACCGCUAUGAGUACAUGGAGGGUCUGAACCAGAGCUUGCGCAUCUUCAUCGACACAGGCCACCACCUACACUUCCAGCCAGCACAGCUAGAGGAUAAGGGCUCCUACUACUGCUGGCUUCAGGGAAAGCGGGUCGCUGAGAUCAGGCUGGGCGUGUACCAGCGCCUGGCCCGUCAGCGCCUCCUGACAGACCCAGAGUCCCUGUACGCUCUCAAGAUCAUCCUCACGUGCUACGCGGUGCUCACCGCGGUGUUUCUCUUUCUAGUUUUCGGGCAGUUUCUUUGGAGCACGACAAAAGUCAAGAGGAUGGCUUCAGUCUAGCUUCGGCUGUUGUUUUUGUUUGGGUAUAAGCUACACAGAUAAAUAUUUUCUUUCUUUGUUGA